AUGGAUUUAGAAAUGUCAGAUAUACCAAAUAUCGAAACUAAUAAUGAAAUAGAUGGAGAAUUCGAACUUGAUUCAAAUAUAGAAAAUAAAAGUGACAAAAGAGAAAUAGGAAAUCUUGCAACAUGGACUGUUUCUUCUUCGAAACCAGGGUUCGGUGUUGAACAACUUCGAAAUGAUAGUAUAGAUACAUUUUGGCAAUCAGAUGGCCCUCAACCACACUAUAUAAACAUUCAUUUUAUUAAAAAAGUAUCAAUAAAGCUUCUAAGUUUUUAUACACAAUAUCGUCAAGACGAAUCAUAUACACCUUCAAAAAUAUCAGUAAGAGCAGGAACAGGAUUUCACGACCUACAAGAAGUCAUAGCACUUGACUUAAAUGAACCUAGUGGUUGGGUACAUGUAACUUUAGGUGACUGUGGAAAAGAUGGUCUUUUACGUACACAUUUGUUACAAUUAUGCGUACAAGCGAAUCAUCAAAACGGAAAAGAUACACAUAUAAGAUUAGUAAAAGUUUUCGCACCUCGAAUAUAUGCAGCAGACGAAGCAGAUAUCCUUCCAUACACAAGUGUAGCAUUUUCAAAACACCUUAAAGUACGAUAA